AUGAAAAUGCUUAAUAAUUUUCAGGGCAAGCCUGCCAAACUGACCUACUGCCAAGCAGCAGCUGCCCUCCUUAGUAAAGUUACGGGGGGCCUGCUAGAUGGUGCUGUUCGAUUUAAAUACACUUUGUCUCCCACUCAUUAUAACAAACAGCUGGAAAUAUUAGCACUGUAUGUAUAUGAGUAUCUGCUCCAUGUAGGAGCACAGAAAUCAGCCCAGACGUUUUUAUCAGAGAUAAGAUGGGAAAAAAACAUCACACUGGGGGAGCCCCCAGGAUUCUUGCAUUCCUGGUGGUGUGUAUUUUGGGAUCUCUACUGUGCAGCUCCAGAAAGACGAGAAACAUGUGAACAUUCAAGUGAAGCAAAAGCCUUUCACGACUAUAGUGCUGCAGCAGCUCCCAGUCCAGUGCUAGGAAACAUUCCCCCAGGAGAUGGCAUGCCAGUAGGUCCUGUACCACCGGGGUUUUUUCAGCCUUUCAUGUCCCCUCGGUACCCUGGAGGUCCACGGCCACCUUUAAGAAUACCUAAUCAGGCACUCGGAGGUGUCCCAGGAAGUCAGCCAUUAUUGCCUAGCGGGAUGGACCCAACAAGGCAGCAAGGGCAUCCAAACAUGGGUGGGCCAAUGCAGAGAAUGACUCCUCCGAGAGGAAUGGUUCCAUUAGGACCACAGAACUAUGGAGGUGCAAUGAGACCCCCACUGAAUGCUUUAGGUGGCCCGGGGAUGCCUGGAAUGAACAUGGGUCCUGGGGGUGGUAGACCUUGGCCAAACCCAACCAAUGCCAAUUCUAUACCAUACUCUUCAUCAUCUCCUGGGAACUAUGUAGGUCCUCCAGGGGGUGGAGGGCCACCAGGAACGCCUAUCAUGCCUAGUCCUGCAGAUUCAACCAACUCUGGAGACAACAUGUACACUUUAAUGAAUGCAGUACCACCUGGACCCAACAGACCUAAUUUUCCAAUGGGGCCAGGGUCAGAUGGACCUAUGAGUGGACUGGGUGGAAUGGAUUCACAUCAUAUGAAUGGAUCACUAGGCUCAGGAGACAUGGACAGUAUUUCCAAAAACUCUCCCAGUAAUAUGAGCAUGAGUAAUCAGCCUGGCACUCCCAGGGAUGAAGGUGAGAUGGGUGGAAACUUCCUCAACCCUUUUCAGAGUGAGAGCUACUCCCCUAGCAUGACAAUGAGUGUGUGAUCCGUUAACAAGUCUCGCCAUGAAGACCACAGUGAGUUGGCCCUCUUCAGAGAGCUACUGCAGAAGAAAAUUAUUCAUCCCAGUGUACAGUUUAACAAAAGGAUCUCAGACACAAUCAGACCCACCCUUUUUUUUUUUUCUACCAUCUCCCCCUUUUGUCAAGAAAGUGGGUCCCAAACAUGAUUGAGACAACUGUAAAGAGUGGCAUUAAGAGAACUGCCCAAGAUGGAACUGCAAACAAUUAUCUGUGUAUGUACAUGUGUGGGUUGAUGUGUGUGUAUGUUUGUGUGAUAUAGAAAUACACACAUACAUACAUAGACCCGCAGGACAUCAUUGUAAAAUAUUAUCACAUGACAUCUUAACUAGAAAUGAGAUGUAGGGACUUUUUUUCCUUCUUUUUUUUUCACGUUUACAUUUUAAUUAUUAAAACUUGCUUUCCCUCUCCCCUCCUGAACUGUUUUAUGUUGCAUAUAUCACUGCUUUAUAAGUUAUUUUUAAGGUGAACUCAAAAUGAUAAAUUCUUCUGAUUUUGUUAAUGUCUGCCAUUAUAGAUAGGAAUAAAAUUGCUUAUAAGAGCUUUCAUUAACUUGUGUUUGAUACCAGUUACCCUGUGAAUCACAAACUGUACUGUCUCAAGAAAUAGAAGAAAGCUCGUCUUAAAUUUUUUUGAGAAAUUUAAUAAUUUUCACUUAGUUUGGGGAUUUUUUUUUAUACUUUGCCUUUAAAAAAAGAAGCACUGAAGGUUAUUUUCUUCUUCUUUAAUUGAAGCCUAAUAUCUGCAAUAUCUGUUUUAAAUGGAAGCCUGAAUUUGAUACAAGAUUCUCAGUUUAUAUAGAGUACUAUAAGGUUACUGUAAGU